UUCUGGUUGGCUGAGAGGGGAGGUGGGCGAGCUUUGCGACAGUCCCGCGGAGCUGUGGGCGUGGUACGGGCUUCCGGGGCAGAGGUGCGGUUCCGCUCCUGUGCUGUCGGUGGUCUGUGGGCUCUGGCGCUGUUCCCGGCCGAGUGGAGGUCUACCGGGCCCAGGUGCGCGAUGCAGAGGCUUCAGGUGGUGCUGGGCCACCUGAACUGUCGGCCUAACUCUGGCCCGCAGUCGAGGCUGCAGGCGUUGCAGUGCAGGGGUGGCUUUCCGCGGCCGUCGGCGGACGAUGUGGUCGUGGUGCACGGGAGACGCACGGCCAUUGGCCGAGGGGGGCGCGGCGGCUUCAAGGACACCACCCCCGACGAGCUUCUCUCGGCGGUCAUGACUGCGGUUCUCCGGGACGUGAACCUGAGCCCGACCCAGCUAGGAGACAUCUGCGUUGGAAAUGUGCUUCAGCCAGGGGCCGGGGCAGUCAUGGGCCGAAUUGCCCAGUUUCUGAGUGACAUCCCAGAGACUGUACCUUUGUCGGCUGUCAAUAGACAGUGUUCUUCAGGGCUCCAGGCAGUGGCCAACAUAGCUGGUGGCAUCAGAAAUGGGUGUUAUGACAUUGGCAUGGCUUGUGGGGUGGAGUCCAUGUCCCUGGCUGACAGAGGGAACCCUGGAAAUAUUACUUCGCGCCUGGUGGAGAAGGACAGUGCCAGAGAUUGCCUGAUUCCUAUGGGGAUAACCUCGGAGAACGUAGCGGAGCGGUUCAGUAUUUCGCGGGAGAAGCAGGAUGCCUUUGCACUGGCUUCCCAGCAAAAGGCAGCCAGAGCCCAGAGCAAGGGCUGUUUCCAAGCUGAGAUUGUGCCUGUGACCACCACGGUCAAUGAUGACAAGGGCACCGAGAGGACUAUCACCGUGGUCCAGGAUGAGGGUAUCCGCCCAAGUACCACCAUGGAGGGCCUGGCCAAACUGAAGCCUUCCUUCAAGAAGGGCGGCACUACCACAGCUGGAAACUCUAGCCAGGUGAGUGAUGGGGCAGCUGCUAUCCUGCUGGCCCGGAGGUCCAAGGCAGAAGAGCUGGGUCUUCCCAUCAUUGGGGUCCUGAGGUCCUAUGCAGUGGUUGGGGUCCCGCCUGACAUCAUGGGCAUUGGACCUGCCUAUGCCAUCCCUGUAGCUUUGGAAAAAGCAGGGCUGACAAUACAUGACGUGGACAUCUUUGAGAUCAACGAGGCCUUUGCAAGUCAGGCCGUCUACUGUGUGGAGAAGCUAGGACUCCCCCCUGAGAAGGUCAACCCUUUGGGGGGUGCUGUGGCCUUGGGCCACCCACUGGGCUGCACUGGGGCUCGACAGGUGAUCACGCUGCUUAAUGAGCUGAGGCGCCGCAAGAAGAGGGCAUACGGGGUGGUGUCCAUGUGCAUCGGGACUGGAAUGGGAGCUGCUGCUGUCUUUGAAUACACUGGAAACUGACUGAGGCGCUUCCCAGACAGUCCUGCCCUGGAGGCUAGAAAGCAACACUACAGAUACGAUGCCAUAUGGGAAAAUUCAGCACUGGGGGCAGCAAUGGGCAAAUCAAGGCACUUCAGCUAAUUUGGAAAAUGUGAACAUUGAUGAUACAGUACGGGAGUGGGUGAGGCACUGGGUCACCCAGGCCACAAAGGCUACUGUGUAAUUCCUGGGAAACAGGCCUCCUGGAUGAUGAGUGCAGUGGACACAAUAAAUGCGUGUCAGCUUA